UACAAAUCUCCUACUCGGCUACUCCAUCCGUUUCCCCUCCUCAAUCUUCCUCAUGGCGUCCCAGUCCUUACCAUCCUUCCUCCUCUUCAUCAACCUCCUCAUGUAUGUUGUUGUAGCUGUAAUAGCUGGCUGGGCUCUCAACUAUGGAAUCAAUGAGACUCCUCAAGCAUCAUCUGACUUGUCGAUACCAGCUCGGCUGUUUCCGAUCUACUAUCCGAUCGGAAACCUAGCCACUGGGUUCUUCGUCAUCUUUGCGCUCAUCGCUGGCAUUGUCGGAGUUGCCUCUUCACUCGCAGGUUUGCAGGAUGUCAGCAGCGGAAAGCCAGCUGGUUUGUUCUCUGCAGCAGCCUCCUCAGUCAUUGCUUGGAGCCUUACUCUUCUGGCCAUGGGGUUGGCCUGCAAGGAGAUCAGCAUUGGUUGGAGAUGUGCGAGCCUGAGGACUCUGGAAACUUUCACAAUUAUUCUGAGUGGAACUCAGCUACUGUGCACAGGGGCCAUCCAUGCAGGAGCUGCAUCUAGCAGCCACUUUUAGCAUGCACUCAUGCUUAGUGAUUCUGUGAUAUAUAUAUAUCGAUGUAUAAACCAAUUCCAAUGUUUGCGUUUCUCAGAAUUGUAUCUUCAUUUGUGAUGUUUAAUUUCCUUUUCGUUGUGAUUUUUAGAAGAGGAUGAGUGGCUGAGGCUUUGAGCCAUAUGGUGAUAAUUAUGUUCAAGGUUUGGAGGUGCUGAACUUUGAAGAGAUUCCGAUAAUUGACUUGAUUAAAGAGGCAUCUAUGUUCUAUGUUUA